CAAAUUCAAAUAAUGAUGAAGCUUUGUCCGAUGAACUUGAUAGUUCAAGUAGUAGUAAUGAACAAGAAUCUGAUAACUUCGAUGAGUUUGAAGUUACUCAAGAUAUUGAAAGCCCAGAUAAUUUGACUGAAUUUGAACAAGAUUUUGAAAGCCCAGAUAAUUUAACUGAAUUCAAACAAAAUCAAGAAACUGAAAGUUUUGAUACUGAAAUGUAUAACAAUUCAUCUACAUCACAUAAUGAUGAUAAUUCUACUAAAAAUAAUCAUAUAGCUCAUUCAAAUAAGCAACAAUCCUCAUAUGUAUUGAAAUUUUUUAUAGUACUUGCAACAAAACAAUGUAAAUGCAAUCAUUGUAAAUGUAUAUUUAGUGAUAAAACAGCAACAAGUAUACUUGGUCGACAUAUUCAAAAACAACAUAUAGAGCUAUAUGAUAAUUUUCGCCAAACAGCUUUAGAUCAUUAUAGAUAUAUUUUUAAAAUUCCUUCUCCUUAUACUGGUCAAAUAAUUGUGGAUAUUAUUUUAUCUCUUUUAAAUGAGUUUCAAUUAGAAAACAAAAUUUUAGUAUUAACUUCUGAUAAUGCUAGCAAUAUUGUUUUAGCUAGUAGUAUAAUUAAAAAUACUCUUGCAAAUAAUUUUUCUAAUACUUUAUUUCAACAUAUUCGCUGCGCUGCACAUAUUAUGAAUAUUGCAGUUAAAAAAGGCUUAAAAUUAGCAAAUAGAUAUUUAAAUAAGCUUCAUCAUUUUAUUAAAAAAAUUCGUAAAUCUGCACUUUUAAUUGAAGAUUUAAAACGUAUAUCAGCUUCCUUUGAACAUCCUUUUUUACGACCAAUUAUUGAUUGCUCAACUAGAUGGAACUCAUCUUUUUUGAUGAUAGACCAUGCAUUAGUUUUGCAUAUGGAUUUAGAUUCUCUUGUUAUACGACAUUCAACAUUACAUAGUUUACAACUUUCUGAAAAUGAAUAG